AUGACCCCGCCCUCGUUCCCUGCACACGGCGACCACGCAGACUCCCCCAGCUAUCCGAACAAGCCCUCCCCAGGCCUUACCCUCGAGCGGCUCAAGAAACCACUGAGGCCGCUCAAGCUCAAACCUCUCAAGGUCCCUUACGGCGGUGUGUAUAUAUUUGAAUACGUGCGUAGCCUCGCGGAAUUCCUCGCCUCCUCAGACUUGGAACCGAUCGAGCGCGACGGGGAGUCGCCCACGCACGCGGAACUGGGCAUGAGGGCCGAGCAACACACCAUCCACCCGCUCCCGGACGGCGGUCGUCCGAUGCUCUGCGAGGCUGCGCGUAUCUUGCGCUCGCUUCCGCCCCCGUAG